AUGGAUCCGUUAAUUGGGCAAAUUGGGCAAAAUGUUUCUUUUUGGUCAAAAGAAUGGGCAAAUAUACAGAAUUCACUAUCAGCGAUACGAUGUUCUACAUUUCCUUCCUCACCAUUUCGGAUUAUGCGCGCUAGCCAGAUGGAUUCUAAUUUGUUAGAUUUGCAACUGUUUGGGAUAUUGAAAGAACAAUUAUGGAAAACAUUUUCUUUGUUUAAUCCUCAAUUUAGAGAAGCUUUUGAGCCAGAAAUACUUGCUGCACUACAAUUAGUAAUGUACCGUUUUUCGAUUUAUGAAUCUGGUGCAUCAUAUGGUGCACAGUUACAAAAUUUGAAAUAUCGAAAUGAAAGACGACAUUCUGGUGGAUUACAAUUUACUCAGAAAGAUGAGAUUCUCACUAAACCUCAAAAAUAUGUGUUUGGCGCAAUGACAAUUGGUGGGCCAUAUAUUUGGAUACGAAUUAAUCGGUUUGUGACAGCUAAAAGAUGGAGUGAACUAAACGAUGUGUGUUUUAUUUGCAUUAUAUUUGUUUUAAUAUUAAAGGACGAUGAAAAUAAUAUUUUGAUGAAUCCAGUGUUGGAUGAAUUUCUAUUAUUUCUCAUGCCAUUCAUUAACUUUCGAAGGCUUAAAAAUAUUUUGAAACAUAUUUCAUAUUCCAAGCCACAAACUUUUGAUUUUUUACCACCUCACAUAUGUGCUAUAUGCUACGAACAACAAAUGUCUAUUUCAACAUCAUCAAGCACGGCAGUAAACACCACAAGAUUACAUAAUUCAUAUGAAACUAGUUGUGGCCACCAAUAUUGUUAUUACUGCAUAAAGAUGAAAAUGAUUCAAGAAGGAAAUACUUGGAAGUGCUUGAGAUGUGGUGAGGAAGUAAAAGAGAUUAGAAGAACUCUUGAAAAAGUGUUUGAUGAAAACAACGAUUAUAAAGGUAAACAACCAGUCAUUCAGGAUCGAAAAUAA